UGCACGUGUCCGCUCCGAUCGGGACCUAUAUUUCCUAAAUUCGGAUACCAUCAAUAACGAAAGAAAAAAUGUAUAGAACACAGCGUUACGUGGCAGACUGUGUUACACGUUGUUACAGUGACCGAGUUUGUGUAGGAUUUUGAGAAACUACUGUCGGUGUUGUGCUGUGAGAGCCGAGGAAAGUGUCUUGCACCACAGCCCUCAACCCCACACUCUCUUCCCCGGCAGCUAACUGGACACUGAGCAAAAUUAAGCUGAGCGGCGCCCUGAUCCACUCACACCUCGCCCAGGUCUCACCUCAGCACGACAGAGCGUCAGAGAACACGCUACCUGCGCCCCUCCCCCCCACGCCCACACUUGUGCGCCCUCAUAAAAAAGAGCGCUCCCCCCACGCCCACAGCUGCCUUUUCUCCUUAAUAAGAGUGUCCCCCACGCCAACAACUGCGCCUCCUCCUCAACCAGAGCGCCCCCUCCCCACGCCAGUGCUGAUGAGGGAGACAUGGCGUGAAUGAAGGAGGUAGCAGCGGUGGGAGAGGGAGAGGUGAGGAGUGAGGUGCGAGAGUGGCGUGGCGACGGGCAAGGAGUGGAGGGCGCGGGGAGGUGGCAGGGUACACACAGCCAACCUGGGCGAGGAGUGUCAGCGGGCGGGAGGACUGAGACUGCUGGUGACCCCGGCUGAUGGUGAGACACAGGUACCGGGUGAUGGUGAGGCAGUGGUAGCGCGUGUGAUGGUGAGAUAGUUGGUGCCCCGCCAGGAGGUGAACUAGUGCUGCCCGGCCGUGUGAUGGUGAGGCUACAGUAGCGGCAUGACGUGCUCGUGGUGUCUGGCCCCGGAACCAUGCCGGGCGCCAUGGUCGCCGCCACGGUGACUAGCGAGUCCCGGACAUGAACUGAACUGCUGUCGCCCGCCAGAGGACGCGUGGGUGUGAGGGCUCCCAGGCACGGGCCCUAGGGACACCCCCCGGCCGCCCCCAGGGGCCCCGGACCUGCUCGCCCACGCCGGCUGGGCGGCCCAGGGGCGGGGGGCGGCCAUGAAUGGGAGGGUGUUGCAUCAGGAGGAAGUGGUUCGCGUCCACGUGGCGACAACCACGACCACGACGGCUGCCUGCAGCACCUCUAACAACGGUCCGCCGCCGCCGCGCCGAGUCCUUCUUCUGGACCAGCGCGGCGGCCGCAUCGCCGGACCGCUCAGGGCUGAAGCCGGCGGAGAGUUCACCUUCGAGCUUAUCGAGAACUACCCAAGUCUUGGGCUGUCGGCGGUGCAGGACGGGUCAGGGACCAUCAUCAACUGGCGCGGGACGCGGGGCAACAACAGGUUGCAGCGCUCCAACCGCAAGGAAAGGGACAUUCUCGACCACUCCUCUGAGUCUAACAAGUCGCCCCGCUCACGGCCCUCCGUCCUCGACCCCUACUUGCCUACCUUUCAGCACCUGCUCUGUGAUCUUGACCUUGUUGCUUCGUCGCUUCACCUCAAGAACUACCCUGUGUGUGAGAAUGACCUCUAUGACGUGAACAUAUCGGUGCCGCCGCCUAAUGGAGGUGUGGAGGAGGACCGUGACCGCACGGAGACGCGCGGACCGCUGCCACCUGGCCCGCAAAUCACCGACCACCAGGCCCGGGCUGCACUCCUGGCCCACGUGGCCGACCGCUGCUGCUGGGGUUCCGGCGCCGCCAAGAAGAUGUCCAUUGCCAAGAUAAGCUACGACUCCGCCUUCCACUAUGAACUGCAGACGUUCACGGAGAAACGGGAGACGUCUUGGGCGUUCACUCCGUACGGCGGCGGAGACGUGGAUGGUCCGUCUAAUGGUGCGGCGCCGCUGCCAUGGGACGUGGAGGCCCAUCCUGCCCACCUGUUCCACGACGAGGUGAAGGUGGUGCAGGUACCCCACACAGCCUCCGUCAAAGAGUGCCACCGGUGCAAGGGCACGGGCUCCCUCCAGUGCUCCGAGUGCCAUGGCAAGGGCUGGACACGGUGCCUGUCUUGCCACGGGGACGGGUGGUACACGGACUCCUCAGGGUACAAAGAGCGUUGCUUCUACUGCCAGUCGUCCACCCACGGCCAUGGGCGACAGGACUGCCUCAAGUGUAACGCUAAGGGCCGCGUUGCCUGUCCUCCCUGUGACAGCUACGGCCAGAUACGCUGCUUCAUCCGCCUCACUAUCACAUGGAAGGUUAAUACGUCAGAACACAUCGUGAGGAAGGGUGGGUUGCCUGAGGCCCUGGUUAAGGAAGUGUCUGGUCAAGUUGCCUUUGAAGAGGAAGGUACUCGCAUCUUCCCGCUGACACAGUUUCCGGACAACACCAUUAACCUGGCGUCAGCACAGCUUGUCAACAAUCACAAGAAUGCUUUCCAUGAUGAACGAACCUAUGCACAGAGACACCAAGUGCGCAUUGUGCCUGUAGCUGAGGUGGAGUACGGGUUCAAAGGUGGUCCUGGCAAGUUCUGGGUAUAUGGCUAUGAGAACAAGGUUCACAGUCCAGACUACCCACACACCUGCUGCUGGGGCUGCUGCUGUGUCAUGUAGUGCCUGAAGCACGUGUUCACAACUGCUGCUCUCCAAGGCCCUAGUUUACAUCCAAAGAGUUUAGGAUGGUCUCUUGGUGUCUAUACGAAGAGAUUGUUCGUCUUCGUCUCGAGAAUUUAGAGUUUCUUCUUGAGAAUCAAAAGUUGUUACUCAAAGAUUUGAAGCUUUUUCUCUAUACUCUAUAGUUUCUCACUAGGGAUCAUCAAAUCCUGUGAGCAAUUGAAGGUUGCUUCUCAAAGGUCUAAAACUGCUUCUUGACACCUAAACUUACUUUGCUGUGGAUCAGAGAUUCUUUUCUAGGAUCCUACAAUGCUUCUACAGGUUCACAACUCUCUCUUUCAAGGAAAUUAAGCUGCUUUUCUAAAUCUAAACGCAUUUCUUAAGGAUGUAUAACUACUACUUAAAUCUUUAAAAUUCAUCAUUGAAGACAGAAAACUGUCAUUUGUGGUUAUGAUUAGUAAUACCUUUAGAGUUGAGAACCAUUGUGGUAAGGGUUAAGGAGAGGGUCACGUCUCACAGCAGUGAUUCUACUGUUUCUUUAUGAAAGAAAAGAUGGUGAUUUUUUACUUUUAAUAAAUAUUGUUUCAGGUAUGAAAUUUGCUGCACCGGCUCAUGGUGACUGAAGUAUAACGCUCCACUUACUGUUCGUAAUUGAAAACAAAAAUGGCAUCAAAUCUUGGUUGCAAUGGGCUAAAUCACAUGCAUCCUAUACAGUAAUGACUAAUUAAAAAAAGAUUACAAAAAUAUAACCAAUAGUUUUUAAACUAUUGUUAUUAUAAGGAUAUCACUAGGUAUAUACAUCUAGAGUGAUAUAUUUUGGUGUAAAUGAAAUAUUGCUCGGUCUAGAGCAAGACCCCUCCAUGUUCAUAAACAGAUACGAAGCAAAGUGUCAUUCCAGACAGUAGAAUAUAUCGGCAGAUGUAAGAAAGUCAUCACUCGUAAUACAGUAUAGGAAGCAUUUAUCAUCUUCUUCAAUAGCAAAUGACUUCAUUAAAAUGACAACAGAAUGCUUAUGUAAUCCACCACAUAAUUCCCUAAAGUAAAAUGAUAUGUCAGUAAAUUAUUACUUUCCUCAUUAAUAUACCUUUAGUAUUAAUGAGUCACUUGAAAGAUAACUUUAUCACUACCUGUAAGCUAUCCAAACUAAUUUACUUUUAAUUCAUUCAAUCCAAAUGUUACACUUUCUUACAUGUACGAAUUAUACAAUACUUAUUGUACCUAAUAGACACUAGCCUUUGGGAACUUAUAAAAUUUUUAAGUUUCAUAAAAUUUUGUAAUGGCUUCAAAAUAUUGGCCAUAGUAUACUACACUUUCACUCGUUUCUGCUUACUGUAUAUCUGUACUGUAUUGUAGACCUUUGGAAGCAAAAAAUUAUAAAGUCGUUAAAUUGUUUUAACAAAUAUUUUUAUGCCUUGUGUUCAAAAUUAAAAGAGUAAAUAAAUAAAUUUUUGAUAGUAGACUUAAAAUAUAUUGACGUUAAACCUAUAAUUGAAAUAAUAAUAUAACUCCUAGUUUAAGGUUGUUAAGCAAGAGCCAAUUAUGCUUUAUAUCUUGGGUAAAAUUAAUGAAAGUUGUGCUUAUUUAUUUACAGACAACCGAUAUUUUUACUCUCAUUUCAUAAUUUUUACUCACAUCCAAAAAUAUGAAUAAUUUUCAGUACUGUAUUGUCUUUCUUCAAGAUACAGUAAUUGUUUCUUUACCCACAGUUGUGGCAGGUGCUGUGGCUCUGACUCAACAUGACAGACUAGGCUCUUAAAGGCAUGUACUGUUCAAUGAAUUUUUCACGUAACUAAACAUGUAUGACUGCAUUAACUGGUUGCCUUCAAGUGAAUCAUGAAAAUAACAUCAAAAUUAUGUGGAGUUUUUGUUCCUAACUAGAACACCUUCACUUGUCUGCCCCAGUAAGAAGCAAAAUUAACAUAGCUUAUAUAAUGUUUGCCAACAUUCUCUGUGUUGAUUUUCUCUCGUGCCAAGUGACUAUACUUAAGGUAGAAUCUUGAUGUAAAGUUUAGCCAAUUCUGGAUGUUAUACAGUAUUUGUACUUUAUCCUGAGUUAACUACUGUAUGGUAUACUACUAUACUCCACGUUCAUGCUUCCUUCCUUGUUUACUUGAGUUUUUAUCUACAAGCCUUUGAGAGUCCGGACUGAACACUGUAUAUUUAUUAGGAAAUCUUUAAAUAUUUUUGCUCUAGGAUUAUACUAAUGUACAAGGAAAAUAUUAGGUUAUUUAUUAAUAUUUAUAUUGUUAUGAUGUGACUUACCUCCCAGUAGGUUAUCUAGAUACUGUUUAUUGACGUUUAGAUUAUUAUGAACUUUACCCCUUCCCUGUUAAACAUGUUUUAGAGUUUAAUUUAGCUGUUCACGUGAGUUAUUAACCAUAUUCCUGUACAUCAGACUACAGUAAACCUUGAAGAGAAUUUAAAGAUUAUAAAAAAAGGCAAAUUUUUACGUAGGUGAUUUUAAUUACUGUCUUGUAUGUUGCAGUCAAAAGACACUUCUAACUAAUGUUACUUACCUAUAAAUGUUUUGUGAAUGAUAGAUAUUCAGCGGCUCACAGGAACAGCAGGGAACACCUGUGUAAGACAAACUGUGCUAAAUUUCCUGGAAGGUUUGACAUGUGCAAGGCCAUUCACCCUCAUUUUCACACACACACACACACACACACACACACACACACAUUAUACAUACAUUUUACUACAGUUUACUUUGACUACAUUGUGUGAUUUGAAUGGUUAGCUUAAACAAUAGUUUACCUUUGUCAGUUAUAAGUUAUAAUGGUUGGUAACAUUAAAAUAAUCAAAAAAUAAAUUUUUAGAGUAAUGAACAGUGUAUUAAUUAGGAAAGUGCUUUGUACUUCAUGUUACACGUGUGAAAUGUCUCAAUGUAUGCGACUGCCAAGACUGUCGCUGGGUCUGCAGGUGUAAAUUAUAUUGGCAAUCUUGAAUUUUGAAUAGUGUGUCUGUAAGGUUACAAACUCCUUGCAUAAUAAAAACCUAAUUGCAUUAUAAAUGGUAACAACUUACUCUUUUGAGUGUCGAUUUUCGUGUGAACUCCACACACUAAGUCUUGACUACUUGUAUUGACACAAAAUAUAAUAAGAAUUAUUUAAAAUUUGAUGUUGCCAAUUACACUAUAUUUAUUGUAGAAAAUAAAAAAUGCAAUGUACAUAAUGAUGCGCACCAUUGCUAUUGGUGCACCAUUGGGCAAAUUCUUGAACAAUGCUUGAGUAGAAACUAAAAUACCCUUUAUUAACAUGAUAUAAAGUACGUAUUUUUUUUUAAUUGAAUGUUUCAAAAUCAUUCACCUCAAGUUUAAGCCAAGAAUUCACCCCAAGUUGUGUAUGUGUCCGCUUGAUGGUUCUGCCUCUACAUGAUGACUCAAUACAAGGUUUCUGAAACACAUAUUUAUUUAAAUCUUAUUCAUGAAUAUCAAGCAGACUAGUUAGCUGCACUUGUUUAAGACAACUCAGAACUCAUGAUAUCUGAACACAGCUGUUCCUUGUGCUGAAGACAGUCUUUUAUUACGUGCUCAUUUCAUACAUAAGGUUUUAUAAAUUCGUAAUAUAUAUAAAAAAUAACUUUUGUGCUGUAGAAUGCAAGCUGAUUUUUAGCCAGCUAAAUCAUAAGUUCAGAGUAUCUAUUAAACAGUGUAAUGGAGAUCCCAUGCCAUCUAGAGUCAUCUGAAGUGUUACACUCUACCCUGCAACAUGUACAAGGUACCAUGAACAGGCCCACAAGGUCAUUAUGUUUUGAAAUAUAUUUAUUUAUUUUUGCAAGCGGGUGACAAGAAACAACUGAACUUAACCCCACCAGACCAGCCUGUGCUGUACUAGGUUGUUAGGGUCUUUUGGUUUGUGUCAUUUGAAAAAAUAAUAAUUCAGUAGUCUUAUUCCUGGUUGUCUCUCCUAACAUUGUUCACCUUGCCUCUGCCCCUGUCAAAGUUCAGUCACAAGAAAAAUAUAAGAAUUAAAGUGUUUGAUGUGUACCAAUAUUCUUAACUGAAUAGACAAUGUUCAUAAAUAUAAAAAAAUAUCAUAGAUAAAUAAAUAUAUAUAUAUAUAUAUAUAUAUAUAUAUAUAUAUAUAUAUAUAUAUAUAUAUAUAUAUAUAUAUAUAUAUAUAUAAACUUGACUGAGACAGUUGGAUGUCAAUAACCGUGCAGCUCUGUAUAGUGCAUGAGAAAAUAACAGAAAGACAUUGACAUAACAUUCUGCUCCAGGAGAUCAUCAUUAUUGUAGGACGAAGUUGAAUGUUGUGUCAUAUAUUCCUUGUUUGUUAAACUGGCAAUACUGUACACCUUUAUCAAGGCGAUUUAUUUUUGCACAUUGCAUUAUGUAAAUUGACUUUGUAUACUGUUGUGUAAGAAUUACUUUUGCUUGUAAGAUUUCCAGUGGUUUUCUACCUCACCUUGGUAUCAUGCUGACACAGUAUUGCCAGGACACAGGGCACAUUCUGGUUUUUUGAGGCCAUUUAAAGACUAAUUGAUUUGUAGAAAAGGAAUUCUAAGUCUUUUUAAAAUAUAUGUCAAAGAAAUUAAUGAUGGUUAUAUUCCCUGAAAAAAAAAGUUCUGAAAUUUUAAGAUUAUCAUCUUGAAAUAUCGGUAGAGUUAGAAUUCCUUUUCUUUCUUUCUUUUUAAGGCAAUGCAACUAAUAUCUUGUCUAACUCUCGAGGUUGUCACACCUUUUAUAUUUCAAACAAGCAGUGAUUUCAGAUAACCAGUAUAUGUUUGUUUUUUUAUGAUGUAUGUGUAUUCUGUCUUCUCGUAUGUAUCUUUACUUCAGUUGGACAAAAAUACCAUUUAGUUUGAAUUUAAAUUAUCAAGAAACUUAUAUAUGUAUAUGAAGCAAUUUAAAUGUAUUCCCUUUAUGAAGAUGUUACCGAGAACACCACAUUUAGACAUUUUUUAAUAAUAAGGCGACUCAUUAAUCCUGAACCAUGACCCGGUAUCUAACCCACACCUAUCCUUAACCUAACCCACACCAACCCCUAAUCUAACCCACACCUACCCCUAAAUUAACCCACACCUACCCCUAAAUUAAUCCACACCUACCCCUAAAUUAAUCCACACCUACCCCUCUUCUACCCCUAACCUAAGACACAGUUUAAAAAUUAACAUUAGUCUGGUUCCGGUGAUUAGUUUGUUCCCUUAAAUAAGCUGUCAAUUCUUGUCAGACUUAGUAUAUGGAGGAUUUUACUGAACAUUUAUUUUCCAUUGUAUUUUUUUUAUUCAAUACUAUGCAAGUCAUCAAGAGAUCUCAAAAUAAUAGAACGACUUUUUAAAAACGUCUUCUGUACGACAGUCUCACUUUCAUUGAUAACUUAUUCAGAUACAGAUGUGCAUAAUAAUCACAACAUUGACGCAGCUUCACUGUACAUACUCAUAAUACAUACGUACUCUAAAAUUAAAGAUUCAUUAUGUACAAAAAAAAAUAACCCCCAAAAUCACAUACACGCAACACACACACAAUUUUGAUAUGGAUGCAUCAUGCUUCUAUGGUUGAUAGUUUUUUUUACAAGCACACCAUUCUUAUAAUGGAGCUUCAUAGGUGUAAAAGCAGUUUUUGCCCUCGUGCAAGUUCUUUUGAUAAUAUAUAAACUUGUAAGUGGUACAAAAGAAGAUGCUGUUUGUGUAGGAGAUAGAGGUAGUGGUCUUCGCUUCAGUGUCUUGCAUCAUCAUAUUCUGUUAGAUAAUUCAUCAUGUCAUGAUUUUCACUUAACUGAUCUUUUGCAUUUUAUUGUAUAGAUCACUUUUUUUUAUUUCAUUAUAUUCAAUUGCAUUGCUUUUUUUCAUUAAAUUGUUAAACAUGGUCAUUGUGCAUCACAUAUUAGUAAUUAUGAAGAAUUUCUUCUAAAUGAACGCUCCCACUCGCCACCAUAUGAUUGCCUAGAUCAUCAUUACUCUACAUCACCACUGCAGUUUUAUUGGUAGUUUCCUAUAACACAUAUAAAGGAUUUCUGUAUAUAUGGCUCAGCAUCAACAUGUGAAGCUUUUUUUAUUUUUGGAUAUAAAGAAAAACAUUGACAAAAUAGUUUUUUCACCUAUUAUUUCCCUCCACUCAUAACAGCCUGAUGUUGUUGUUGUUGUUUGAGGCCAUUAAAAUGACUACAGCUACAGCAAGUGUAUAAAAUAUACCUGAUAUAUUUUUUUUUUGCAGGCUGUCCUAUUCCUUAUGUAUAUAAUGGUAAAAUUUGUCUAUGUAUAAAUGAUUAAGUAUAUUUUGAAUAUAUUAUAUUUACCUAUGUACUUAAGCAUUUAAAAGUAAAUACUGCAAAACAGACAGAAGAGGACCCUAUGUUUCACUAGGCUUCUGUUACCAUCUAUCAAAUGUCACUUGUACCUGUACUGUAUCUGUAAACUGGUUUUGUGCUGUCACAGAGGUUUAUGACAACAAUAACACAGUAGCAGAAAGAUGGCAUCUGACCCGCUAAUUUACCAACCAGUAAGAGACAACACAUGAUCAUGGCUCAAAGAAGAGAAAUAUGAUAAUUCAUGACCGACACAACACGUCUGGUCUUGGUAACAAAUUAAAAUUUAUCACUCUUAUGUGCCAUCUCAAAUUUCAACUUGUCAUUCAACAGUUAGUAAAUUAGCCAAUCAGAUGCAGUCAGUUUGCCAACUGAUGCUGUACAUGUUAUCCAAGGAACCAGUUAAUUGUAUCUGGAGCAGAUAAAAAACUCGCUUGUCAACUAAAUUUAUCAUAAAAUAAGUGAUUUAUUAUGGCUUGAGGAUCAAGGUAUGAUGGCCUAUUUGGCUUAUUGCCACAAAUUUUAUUUUGGUGUAAUGUGGUUGUUAUUCUUGCUAGGCUUAUACAUCAUUUUCAUCAUUUCCCAUUAAUUAUCAGUUUCACACCACUGUCACUCUAUAAACGUUGUCAUCUUAAGAGUAACCAGAAAGAAAUAAAUGUUGAACAUGAUAAA